ACAAGAAGUAAAAGAAGUAUAAUUUCUGUAGUAACCAAUGCUAUAAAAACACUGAAGACUGCUUAUUUCUUUAAAAAGACACAUCUUACCACUACCAAAUUCAAUAAGAAGCCCACGCAUUACAAUAUUUCAGGCAAGUGAGACCGCUUCAAAUAAACCAACUCCAAGCUUCCAAGAAACAGUUAAGAAGGCAGAGACAAGCAGAAAUACCCCUUCAGUAACACUCACACGGUUGCCAUGGCCCUGCAUAAGCAGUGGGAGAACACAGAGACCGACUGGCACAAGGAAAAGAUGGAACUGCUGGACCAGUUUGACAACGAAAGGAAGGAAUGGGAGAGUCAAUGGAAAAUCAUGCAGAAGAAGAUAGAGGAGCUUUGCCAUGAAGUAAAGCUUCGGAGGAAAAUCAACAUGAAUGAACGUGCUAAGAUCCUCAGUCACGAUCGUGAGAAAGUGAUUCAAGAUCAAGUGGUGGGAUCUCCUCCAAACUACCCCAAUUCAGGACGAUGUGAAUUUACACGGAUGAAUCACAGGGAUGGUCUGGAAAGAGAAAAUAAAACAGAGCACAGCUUACCCUGUGAAGGAAAUCAAAUGUGCAAGGAACAAAAAGCAACCAAAAAAUCAAAAGUUGUGUUUACGGAUCCUUUGGCCACAGAUAACCAAAAAGAAUGUGAGGUCUGCCCUGGUCUGAGGACUUCCGGGGAAGAGAGCAGGAGCAGUUCUGGGGCCCUCAACUCGGCUCUUGAAGAACUUGCCAAAGUUAGUGAAGAAUUAUGCAGCUUUCAAGAGGAAAUCCGAAAGCGGUCUAACCACAGAAGGAUGAAGUCAGAUUCUUUCCUGCAGGAAAUGCCACGUGUAACGAACAUGCCUCGCGGAGACCACAUGAUCAGCGAUGGCCAGGGCAUUCUUGCAAUCAACUCGGAAAAGCAAACGCAGGAACACGGAAAGAAUCUAAGCUGCACCGAUGUACCCCUGAGCGGGGCUAGGAAAAAGGGUGAACUGGGUACGACCGAUCUGCAGAGAAAUGAAGCUCCACCGCUUCCUCCUCCGAGAAGCACAUCCCGAAACUUUCCCAGCUCCUGUGCAGAACGAGCUCCUGGGAGUCUGAAGGGAGGUUUAGGCCGCAGCAGCCUGGUGGCCCCGGAGGGUCACGGUGGAAGGGGCCGUGGUCCUGACAUCCUUCGGAGGCCCCGGGCGGCGCCUGGGCUGGGAGCAAAUGAAGGGCAGGCCCUGCAAGGUGGCAUCGUGUUUCCUUCUCUGGCGCCCAAAGCCAAGAUAGAGGACAAGCCUGCAUGUGAGGACCGUGUUGGGCUGGGCGGCUGGCGUGGUGGCGGUGGGGUCGCCGCACAGAAUGGUCCCUCUGCAUCCUGCUGUCCCGAGAGCUGGGAGGCGCUGGCCCCAGGUGGCCCGGCCGCCUCUCGCCCCGACGACCUUGGCUCCGCGGCCACCGAGGGCAGUGGCCCGCUUCGGGGUCUCCGCUGUGGCUUCAGGACCACCAGGAAUGAGAAGCUGGCCGCCAAGACCGAUGAAUUUAACCGAAUCGUGUUUAGAACGGAUCGGAACUGCCGGGCAGCGCAGCCCCCGCCGAGCCACCGGCCACCCCCCGGGGGGCCCGGACCCACCGCCCCGGGGGCCGCGGGGGGUGACGAGGCGUCCGGGGGUCGGCCCGCCGGUGCCCAGGGGCCCGUGCCCGGGGCGCAGGGGCCCCGCAGCCUGGCCGGCCGCCCGCGCUCCGCCGACCCCCGCUCCAACUACGGCGUCGUGGAAAGGCUGCUCCGAGGCCACGGGGCUGCCGCUCCGGCCGCCUCGCCGGGUCCCCAGGGCCUCCGGGAGGAGACGGAGGGAGACGGAGGCCACCCCACGGGCCGGUGGGCCGCAGGCGGCACUGAGGAAUCCGUGGCAGUGAAAUCUUCACAUGGAAAAGGAUUUUCCCGACCUGCUAGACCAGCAAAUCGCCGUCUCCCAUCCAGAUGGGCCUCCAGAUCUCCAUCAGCACCCCCUGCCUUGCGGAGAACUGCCCCCAGCUAUACCAUCUCUCUACGAUCAGCAGCAUCGAUGGUCUGAGUCUCUGGCCUGGAUUGCUAGAGGACGAAAGUCCUAAUCGCCAAACAGAGCAUUCCGAGUGUUUACAGCCAAUCCUGUCUCUUCUCUGUCUUUCGAGAUCACUGGGACAAUUUAAAUCUUAACUUCCCAUCAGUCUUCAGUGUUUUUAAUCUAUGGAAUAAUUACCUUCCCGUAUUUUGAGUUCUUAGAUCAGAAUUUUUUAAUGCCAUCCUCAUUAAUUUGCCAAUAUGAUUUAAGUUGAAACUGUACUAUAAUGUAUAUUCUAACUUUCUUGCAAGUGGCAGAAAGCAAGGUUAUGUGCAUGGCCAAGUGUUUGUAGAUGCAUGUGUUGAAAUAGGAAGUAUCCUAGUAUGUAUUUAGAUAAGAAAAACGUUAUGUGCUAGUGUUGACUUUGAAAUUAUAACAUGUAUACCUAUGUAUCUUUCUGUUUAUUUAAAAUUUUUGAAAAUAUACAGUACUAUUUAUAUUUUGUAUACCUUUUAAUAGGUAUCCACUUAAGGCAUUUGAGGUACAUAUAUUAACUAACCACUUUCUUGGCCCCAACUACAUUGAAAAAUAAGAAUUAUACACGUUAAUAACAUUUGGUAGAUUUCUAAAUACAACUCAUAAAUAGUUUCUUAACUGCUGUAAGGAUGGACUAAUACCAUUGGUCUCCUUGUUUACUCUCUUAAAUAAAUAAAAUUGUCACAGGUUUAAUAGAUCAGGCUUCUAAAGCAAACGUGAAAUGUUCACAAAAUUUUUUGUAUAUCAUUCGGUAGUCUGUUAUGGCUUUAACUGUGUAUUUGAUCCCCAGAGCCAUAUCACUUGACUGCCUUAGAAGCAACAGGACUUAAAAAUCAACUUACUUUGUCAACUUCAGUAACAGAUAACCCUUCCGGAGGAUAUGAAAAGAAAUUCAGCUAUGUUGAAUUCUACUUUUUGUUCAAUUAUAUAGCUUUUAGUUAUUUGAAGUCAUAUUUAGAGGUAAGUCAUUUGCUUUUUCUUUUAACUUUCCCCUAAAAUUAGUAGGUAAAAAAUUCACUUUUUUAUUAAACGAGGAAGAUUAGGAAUGUAUUUCAUUGAGAGCCGAAUUAUAUUUCCUCUAGUGUGCUACAUAAAAAAAAAAAAAAGAAAAGAAAAGCCUUAAACUAAACGUUGGCAUCCAUGAGUAGCAUGAGGAACAGAAAUGUGUAUUUUGGCCACAAUUCGCAUACAGUAAACACUUAAUAUCUAUGUUGAGAACUGAAGGAAGUAUGAAUGUUGAAGUGCUUGGAAUUCCACGCAGAAGAUCUUAGAAGCAGUUUUGCUCUCCACCAUCUCUCUGUAAAACCAACUUUGUUAUUAGAUAUAAAUUCUAUUUGAGCUUUUCUUUUAUUGCUGGAAAGGUUAAAGUCUUGUAACCUAUAUAUUCAAAGACCUUCUUAUGAUACAUCCUAACAAUUAAGAGAAGUUAUUCCAUUAUACAUCAUGACUUGAGGUAAAGUAAAUAAUUUCCAAAUCCCA